AUGGUCCUGUUUCUGGUAAUCAGCUUGUCUGCCUCCCGGGAACCAUACAAGUCCGCACUGACGAGGCAGACCCAAGUCGUAAUAGAAUUUGAGGAAGCCCUCCGCAGAAUGGUCGACGGACCAGUCAUCGAUCUCUCGUCCUCUUUCAUCCUUGUGGUUAAUCAGAACAACCACUUUAACAAGGAGACUACUAGAUCCCAGUCCACUAUAGCGUCAUUUACUGCUUUACUUCGACAAGCCAGGGUAGAUGGAAAGUCGGCCUGGAAAGAGCUUUCUAAAUGCGCCAAACUUGGUGUUAGGAAAGAGGAUGUUAACACCUGUGGCGCCCGUCAUGAAAUCUCAUGA